AUGAGAGCUGAGGUCUCGUCGGAACUGAGAUCGACCGCAGCCAUGUUUACUUGCAUAGAAUCAAAAUCAUAUCCGACAUUGGGACUGGUGUGGAUAAAUUCAUCAGUGUCCAUAACAGGGAUGUCCGCAGACUGUAAAGGUAGCCCCAUGGUUGAAGAAGCCAGGUUGCCACCAGCAUUGAAUGGAGUUGAAGCCGGAGCUGGAGCUGGAGCAGGAGUGGCACUCCCAGUCGAGGAGGGUGCCUUGUAUGGAAACUUGCGGAAUCCACGAUGUUCACUGGUGAAGUGGGCACUGGUUCCUUUGGAGAACCUCCCACAGUUGCGACAGUAUUUGGCAACCACCUUGCCGUCCACAGAAAUGGUGUGUUGGGCAUCAUCGGGAAUGUUCUCCCUUGGAGGCAUAGAAGCAAGCUUGUCUUUGAUGAGACCAGAGAGCUUGGAGUUGGUUUCAGCACUCAGGCCAUUAUCCUUUGGAGCACCUCGCUUAGGACAUGAUGGAUCGUUUCUGUGGUGA